UGUAGAGUUCCAUCUUCAUCUUCUCGAUCUCCCGAAGCCAGCAAUGGCGGCAGCCGCCGCCGCCGCCGCCACCAGGGGCAAGGGCCCCUGGGUUCGUCUUCUCUCUCUCCGCCUCUACCCUCAAACCGUCCACGUAUUCUGGCGAAAUCUCUCAUCCAUUCCACCAUCUCACCUAUCCCGCCAUCAUCUGAACCCGUUCCAAUCCCCUUCCCUGAUCCUCCGCCAUUUCUCCGCCUCCACCUCUGUGUCCGGCGAUAGAGUCGUUCAGGAGCUGCUUGCCGAGGUGGAGAGGGAAAGGCAACUUGAGAGGGAGGAGAAGAGAAAGGCUGGAGUGGUUCUCGGUGACGAUGAUGGCGAUUCCGAGUCAGAGGACUACAUGGGGGUGACUCCUCUGAUUGAGAAGCUGGAGAAGAAGAAGGCCAAGGAGUUGGAGAACAUUGAUCAGUUCUGGGAGCCCACCGAUUCCGAGAGCGACGACGACGAGCGGUAUUCCGUCGAGGAGGUGAAGAAGCGGGUUGAUGCUUUUGAGAACAAGUGCAAGAGGUUUGGCGAAUUGCUUAAGAGUUUCGCUGAGUCAGAAACUCUUGAUGAUGCUCACAAAUGGAUGACAAAGAUUGACAAAUUUGAGGAACGGCAUCUGAAGCUGCCAUUGGAAUACAGAGUCAUAGGUGAUAUGAUGAACCGUUUGAAACAAACCACAGGAAAGGAUAGAUUUAUUCUCCUUCAAAAGCUAAAUCGAGCAGUUAGGUUGAUGGAAUGCAAAGAAGCCUAUGAUCCCAAUAACCCAUCAAAUUUUGGGGUUAUUCAGCACCAACAGGUAGGUUCUCCUGAAGAUGUUGUAGAUAAUACUGGGUUUGAAAGAGAAAAGCAAAUGAUUAAGGGUGCCAGCCUCGAAGAUGACGAUGAAGACUUAAAUGAGACUAAAGAGAAAGAUGAUGUACUGAUCGAUAAACUUAAUGACUUAGAAAAGAAAAUUGAGCAAAAGCUGGAGGAACUAGAUCACACUUUUGGAAAGAAAGGUAGAGUUCUAGAGGAAGAAAUUAAAGAUCUAGUGGAGGAAAGAAAUUCUUUGACAGAGAAAAGGAGGAGGCCUCUAUAUCGAAAAGGUUUUGAUGUGAAGGUAAUUGAUGUCAAUCGAACAGUUAAAGUUACCAAGGGAGGGCAACUGGUGAAGUUCACUGCAUUGUUAGCCACAGGCAACUACCAUGGAGUUGUUGGUUUUGCUAAAGCCAAAGGUCCAAAUGCUAAGAUUGCUAUUCAAAGGGCAUAUGAAAAAUGUUUUCAAAAUCUUCACUAUGUCGAGCGGUAUGAAGAGCAUACAAUUGCACAUGCAAUUCACACGAAAUACGAAAAAACCAAGAUAUAUUUAUGGCCUGGUCCGAUGAGAAGUGGAAUGUCAGCCGCAAGUCGGACAGUGGAGACUGUACUAUACUUGGCUGGAUUCAGCAAUGUCAAAUCAAAGAUAAUUGGAUCAAGAAAUCCGCUUAAUGUUAUCAAGGUUCUAUUUAAAGCAUUGAACGCUAUUGAAACGCCAAAGGAUGUGCAAGAGAAGUUUGGACGAACUGUUGUCGAAUCUUACUUGCUGUAACAUGCCAAUAUUGUUCACCGAUUUCGCUUCGUAAAAAAAAGAAAUGUUUUGAUAAAUGAGUUUGUCAAAUGAUGCCAGAUUAUUAUGCUCAUUACACAAUAUUCUCAGUGUUUGAACAAAUCAUUGAUUAUUCAUUCAGCAAGGUUGUUUCCAUCAUGCAGGUAGCAUUUGAAACA